UCACUUGAGCAUCGGCAGUGUGCGGCGCGGCCGCUUCCUGACACACACACAGACACACACACAGACACACACACAGAGACAUCCAGCCAUCCAUCCAUCCAUUUGUGUGUGUUGUGGUGUGGUUACGAGAGUCCGUCUGCCCUCUGUCUGAUGGCUGGGCUGCUGAUCGACUGGCGGCCCUUCUUGUCGUUCUCACUGUGCGACGACUUGUCGUCGUCCACCGCCGCACGACCACGCUUGCGCGACACUGACGGACGAGUGAGAUGAGAGAGAGAAACACACACACACACGUGGCGCCUGUGGUGUGUGUCUGUCUUUUGUACCUUGUUGUUGCUGCGAGUCGUUGUAUUUGUGUCGCCGCACACUGAAGCCCUUGCCCAUGUAGUCACGGGUGCUCAGCAAACCGCUCUCCUGCAGCCUGACAGAGAAUGACAUGUGCGUGUGUGUGUGGGUGUGUGUGUGGGUGUGUGGCAGCGACUUACUGUUCGAUUAUGCACUGUGCGAUUUCCUCGUCCUGCCCGAUCAUCGCAGCCAAACUCACACACGUCACCUGCACACACACACACAUACACAGAGAGAGAGAUGGAUGGCUGGACGGUGUGUCUGUGUGCUCACAUAGCGGACGUCGCUGUCGAGGAGCCUCUUGGUGGCCGUCGUCAGAAGCGCCUCAGCCUCGUAAUCAAGCUGAGUACACACACACAGACAGACAGACAAGGGCAUGGAUGUGUGUGUAUGCUGGUGUGGUGGGUGUGUGGGCGACCGAUGGGUCAUCGUCGUUGUUGGGCUGCGGGGCCGGCUGGUCGUCUCUUUGCUCUGCGUCUGCCUGUGCGUGUGCGUCUGUGUGUGGCUGCUGUUGCUGUGCGGUCGUCUGCGGCGCCUCGUUGGGAUUGUCGGUGCUCGUGCGGGGAUUGGAGAGGUAGUAGCGGGAGUUGCCGCGCUUGACGAGGAAGUCCGCACAGACCAACUCACCCAAAUACUCUGGGGACACACACAGAGAGAGGGAGAGAGGAAUGUGUGUGAGUGGUGUGGGUGUGCGUGUGUGCCGUUGCGGACGGUCCAUCUGUGUGCGUGUGAUGGUCGGGAAGGCCUUCAACAGAUUCUUCUUGACUGGACUCACUCACACACACGUCAAGUCAAUGGCGGUCUCCGGCUUUCUGUGUCUGUGUGGACUCGCUGCGCUGCGCUCACCGCACUCGUUGUGUCGCUCGCAGAAGGCGCGAAUCUCACCCAACACCGACAACUGAAACAUCACGCCACACACAUCCAUCCAUCCAUCCGUCGUCUGCACCUGUUGGCCGUCGUCGAGCGCAUCGACCGGCGCCAUCGCAGCGUCGUCGUCUAAGUGACACACACACACAUCCAAUGACACACGUGGGUGUGGUGUGCGCCAGAUCUCUCUCUGUCUCGUCUGGCACACAUACCUGCGGCCGGCUGCUGCUGUCCGUGGUCAUUGGCUUCCUCGUGCUGCCCCUGCUGGUCGUUGUGGUCGCCAUGGAUGUCGCCAUGGUGGCUGGCGUGUGGGUGCGGCUGCUGGAUGGCGUGGAUGCCGUCGUCACACGCCGUCUUGACCUUGAGUGUCAUCUGGUGGUGCUGUGUGUCGAUGCCGCCACAGGCGCACUCGAGCGGAAUCUCGUUGUAGUGAGCCGACGGGUUCGAUGGGUCGGUGGGGAUGAAGGGGCGGAAGUGCUUCGGCUCGUAAGUGGCAGACAUCCGCUCGUCGUAGUACCUGCACUCAGAGCAGCCAACAUGCCAUGCCAGGGAGACAGACAGUGAAGGGGAUGGUCAGUGGCCAUUCAGUCUGUCAAUGACCUUUAUCUGCUUACAUCAUCUUCAUGGUCAGAUAGCGGUCAUCUGCACACACACACACACACACACACAGAGGGAGAGACAGGAAGGAUGUGUGUGUGUGUGGAUGGGCCUGGCCUGCCUGGCAGCGGGCUGAGCUCCUCUAAAGACAGACAGAAAGACAGACAGACAGACAGACAGAGAGAGGGGAUGGAGGUCGGUGUGUGUUGUGGGUGUUGAGUGGCUGCCUUGACUGACUCACGAGUGAGGAAGAUGAGGUUCUGCAGCAUCGACGUGGUCUGUUUCUUGGCCUCCUCCUUGGACACUCCCCCACUGUGUGCCCCCGUCGCCUGCUGCCUCACCACACUCGCACUCGCACUCGGCUGUGCCUGUGGGUGGCCGUUGUCGCGCUCCACGUCCACACUCACACCGUUGUCGUACGCAAACUGCACAAACAACACACAGAGAGAGAUGGGCGUGGUGUGGUUUGGUCAGUGUCUCUCUCUGUGUGUGUGUGCCUUGAAGUGGUAGGACUCGAGCAGCGCGUCCGUCAACGAGUCAUGGAUGCCGAAGAUCAACAUACUGAUUGCACCACCACAUCCAUCCAUCCAUCCACAAGACACAGCACAAGACACACACAAGAGUGCAUCCCUCCCUCCCUGCCUGUGUGUGUGGCUGACCGGAGGCACUUCUUGUCGAUGGCGUCGAACACGCCCUCCUCGAGCCACGCGUGCAGCUUCGCCGCCUCGCUGUGCUCGUCCUUGGGCCGCAAAAUCUUCAACGGCAACUCACCUGCACAACACAGACAACACGCAGCCACAACACAAACAGAGAGAGACAUGCACUUCCUGGCCAGGCCAUGUAUGUGUCGCCUCUCUCGGUGACUCAAUGAUGGUCUUCUCCUCGAAGCAGUCCUCGGGGAAGAGAUUGCGGAUGUAGGCGAUGCUCGAGAGGCUCGUGCGGACAGCAU